AUGGGCGACACUACUACGAAGAAGGCGGAGGACACCAAGCAGAGUGUUGGACAGAAUGAGAUCUCAGAAAGCAACCUCGCAGCAGGCGUCGUAGGAAAGUCAGGAGAAAUCGUCAAUGAGCAGGGCGAGACCGUAGGAAAGAUCACAGAGGGCGACCCAGGCGACCUUGUCGGAAAUGUCGUCACAGCAACGGGAGACAUAGUAGGAAAAGACGGCGGUAUCGUAGGCAAGGCUCUCCCGCUCGACAAUGCCUCCGCAGGCGGCUCCAAGAAGGGCAUUUUCGGCACCUUGAUGGGCGCAACAAAGGGCGUCAAGGGUGUCGUCGACACAGUAGAUGGCACCGUCCAGACGGUCGAGAAGGGCCUUCCUCUCGUCGGCAACCUCACAAAGGGCCUUGGUCUCGGCAACGGCGGCGGCGGCUUCGGCGGCCUCCUCGGGAAGAAGCAGGAAGAUCGCAGCGCCGAGGACAAGGCGGCGACCACUGAGCAGGCCAAGAAGGAGCUCUUCGACAACUCAGACAAGGCUGUCGAGGCGGCGCCGAUUGAUCUUAAGGAUCAGGAGGCUGUCGACAACGCAAAGACCGAGGUCGAGACCAAGAGCCAACCACCACAGAGCGAGGCCAGCGAGUCUAAGGACGAGGCUACCGAAGCCACCACUGAAGCCAGCACCGAUGACAACGAGACUGUCAAGCAGUCCGGCAAGGGCCUGACCGAUACCGUGUCUGGUGCUGUUGGUGGCGCCAAGGAUGCCGUUGAGAGCACCGCAUCCGGGGCCAAGGACACUGUCGAAGACACUACUCAGAAGACGACCGACACUGCGGAAGACACCACAUCAAAGGCCACUGACGCCGUGGAGGACACAACGUCCAAGGCCACGGAUGCUGCGGAAGACACAACGUCUAAGGCCACUGAUACCGUAGAGGAUACGACGUCCAAGGCCAACGACACGACCGAGGACACCACUGCCAAGGCCACCGACGCUGCUGAGGACACCACGUCCAAGGCCACCGACGCUGCUGAGGACACCACGUCCAAGGCUACCGACGCUGCUGAGGACACCACGUCCAAGGCUACCGACGCUGCUGAGGAUACCACGUCCAAGAAGACCGACGCUGUCGAAAAGACGGCAGACGAUGUCAAGGACACGGCAGAAGAGACCGCCGAAACUGCACAGACCACCGUCGAUGACACGACCAAGGACGUGCCCAAGGACACUGAUUCUGCCAAGGGCCUCGACGACACAGCGGACGACGCUCUCGACACUGCAGAACAGACCACUUCCGACGCCAAGGACAGCGCCGACAAGACUGCAUCUGACGACAAGGUCGAGGAUACCAAGGCCGCUGCCGAAGGCGUCAAGGACUCCGCGGAGGAGACUGCCGAGGGUGCCAAGGACACUGCGGAGGAGACGGCCGAAGAUGCCAAGGACGCCGCCUCCGAGGCCCCCAAGGGUCUCAGCGAGCAGGCCCAGAGCCAGCUCGACGAGAUGGAGACGGUCGCCGAUGUCCAGGUGGAGAACCCCUUCCAAAAGUUCGAGGGUGCUCAGCUUGACGACGAAGGCAAGGUUAUCUUCGACAACCAGUCCAUCGGCAAGGUCGUUGAAGGCGAUCCGCUCGAGCUCGCCAACAAGGAGAUAGCUCCCGAUGGGGCCAUUCUCAACGAUGACGGCAGCGAAAUCGGUCGCGUUGAGCUCAAGUCGGAAAUUGCUGAGGAUCUGCAAAAGCAGGCCGAGGCACUGGCUGCCCUUAAGGGCGCCAAGGUCAACAAGGCCGGUAAUCUGGUCAAAGAUGAUGCCGUCAUUGGCCGUAUCGUCGAGGGCACCCUCAAAAACUUGAUCGGCCGCAAGGCUGAUGCUGAAGGACGCAUCUGGAACGACUCGGGUGAGCAGAUUGGCCUCGCCGAGCCUCUGGCCGACAAGGAACGUGAGGAGUUCAAGGAACCUUCGCCCUUUGAGGACUUCCCUGAUGCUGUUGUUCAGUCCAACGGUGACGUCACCUUUGAGGGAGAGAAGAUUGGUGUGCUGAUCGAGGGUGACGCUAAGAAAUUGAAGGGGAAGAAAAUCGACGAGGACGGCGAGGUACAAGACAGGCAGGGGAACGUACUCGGACGCGCUGAGCGUUGGGAGCCUGAAGAGGAGGAGGCUGCUCCGGAGGUUGACAACUCUCUACUUGCUGAGAAGCGUGUCAACAAGGCCGGCCUGGUCGUUGAUUCUCACGGCACCGCUUUUGGACGCGUUGUCGAAGGAGACGUCGCCAAAUUGAUCAACCGAAUGUGCAAUAAGAAGGGCGAGGUUCUUUCCGAAUCGGGUGAGGUUAUCGGACGAGCUGAGCUGAUUCCGGAACAUGAACGCCACGAGAAGAAGGACCAGCCCUUCGAGAACUUCCCCGACGCCGUGGUCCAGGCCAACGGUGACGUAACCAACAACGGCGAGAUUGUUGGACGCCUGAUUGAGGGCGACGCGAAGAAGCUUCAAAACAGCAAGGUCGACGCCGACGGUGAUGUUGUCCGCGACGGAAAUGUCAUCGGAAAGGCCGAGCGUUACACGCCGGAGGAGCCGGAGGCCGAGCCUGAACAGGACAAGAGUAUUUUGGGCGGCAAGCGUGUCAACAAAGCCGGUUUUGUCGUGGAUUCAAAUGGCGUGCCUUACGGACGCGUGAUUGAAGGAGACAUUUCAAGAUUGGUCAACCGAAUGUGCGACAAGCAGGGUAACGUACUGUCCGAAAGUGGCGACAAGCUGGGUGUUGCAGAGGUGCUUCCGGAGGGCGAGCGUGAGCUCAAAAAAGAAGGCCCAUUCGCCGAACUGCCAGGGUGCACUGUAGCCAAGGAUGGUACCGUAGUCACCCCAAGUGGUGAUAUUGUUGGACGCCUGAUCGAGGGAGACGGGAAAAAAUUGUUCGGACGCGAGGUUGAUGCAGAUGGUGAAAUUCUUCACCAAGGGAACGUUAUCGGCCGCGCGGAGCGUUGGGAGCCGGAACCGGAACCUGAGAAGGAGAAGGGACCUUUCGCCGGCCUCAAGGUGAACAAGCAAGGCGAUGUGUACCGCGACGGGGAGCUUGUCGCCCGCCUGACCUCAGGCGAGCUCAGCGUAUGCUCCGGAGCCGAAAUUGACGACGACAACGACGUUAUCAACCACAAGGGCACGUCCAUAGGACACAUCACCGCCAUUGCGGAUAUUCCUGAGCCCGAGCCUGAGGAGCCAAAGGAGUCCGAGGAGGACAAGAAGGCUCGCGAGGAGGCUGAGCAGGAUGAGAAGCUUGCCAAGAACCUGGCUAGCCAAGUCGAACAGAGUCUUGACAAGAUUCGCCCAAUCUGCAAGAUGAUCACCGACAAGAUUGACAAGGCGGAGCGAACACCCAAGGACGAACUUGACGAAGAUGCCCUCGUCAAGGAGGUCAAGCCGCUGAUCGAGGAGGGUGGCAACAUUCUCAGCGAGCUGAACGGUACCAUCCGUGCGAUGGAUCCCGACGGCCGUAUCCAGCGCAACGCUAAGCACAAGUCGAGCACCAGCGAGGCUUCACCUGCGGAGCAUCAUCUCGCAGACUUGCUCAAGGAGCUGUCUGGCUCCGUCGUCACCUGCGUUGAGAACGCCAAGAAGAAGAUUGCCGAUAUGCCUCACGCCAAGAAGCAUCUGAACCCACUUUGGGGAUUGCUGACCGAGCCUCUGGGCCAGAUUCUGGCCGCCGUUGGACUGUUGCUUGCAGGUGUGCUCAACCUCGUCGGUCGUCUUCUUUCCGGCCUUGGACUCGGUGGCAUCAUCGAUGGCCUCCUCGGUACCCUAGGCCUUAACCGCGUGCUUGAUGGCCUCGGGCUCAGCAGCAUCACAGGUGCUCUCACGGGAAAGAACAAAUAA